AUGGCUUCAGAGAACAAUUUUGUGCAAGCAGCUAUUCCCCGUUUUGAUGGUCACUAUGACCACUGGAGUAUGCUGAUGGAGAAUUUUAUACGGUCAAAAGAGUAUUGGCCAAUUGUUGAAGACGGCAUUAAAGCACCAGCAGUAGGCAAAACUUUGACGGAUGCUCAAAAGACUGAGUUUGAAGCAAGAAAGUUGAAAGAUUUAAAGGCAAAAAAUUAUCUCUUUCAGGCUAUUGAACGUCCCAUCUUGGAAACCAUUCUUUGCAAAGAAACUUCCAAGGAUAUAUGGGAUUCCAUGAAGAAAAAGUAUCAAUGCUCUACAAUAGUGAAGCGAGCACAGCUUCAAGCCUUGAGGAGGGACUUUGAAACCUUGCAGAUGAAGGAAGGAGAAUUCGUCACCAACUACUGUGCUAGAACCAUGGAGAUAUACAACAAGAUGCGAUUCCAUGGUGAGAACAUGGGCGACGUCGUAAUAGUGGAAAAGAUAUUGCGCUCUCUGACACGAAAGUAUGAUUAUGUCGUUUGCUCCAUUGAGGAGUCAAAAGACAUAGAUGUCUUAUCACUUGACGAAUUGCAGAGCUCCUUAUUGGUAGGAACGGGUAGAGGUAGAGGUAGAGGCAGAAGAAGAGGAGAUCAUGGAGGUAGAGAUUCCUGUAGGAAUUUCAAAGCAAAUAAUGAUCAAUCUCAAGGCAAAGGUAGAGGUCGAGAUUAUGACAAAUCCAAGAUAGAGUGCUAUAGAUGUCAUAAAUUUGGUCAUUACGCAUCUGAAUGUUAUACUAGGCUGCCUAAUGAUAAAGAAAAGGAAGAGAAGUCCAAUUACGCGGAGAACAAGGAAGGCUUCCGUUGUAAAGUUAGUUUUGGUGAUUGUUCUACUGUGGAUGCAACGGGAAAAGGUGACAUCAAGAUCAAAACCAAGAAUGGUUUUGUGGAAACAAUCUCUAAUGUGUUAUAUGUUCCUGAUUUGAAAAGCAACUUACUGAGUGUUGGUCAGUUGCAAGAGAAAGUUUAUGUCAUCAUUAUUAAGAAGGGUGAGUGUGAAAUUUAUGACCCCGUGAGAGGAGCUAUAGCAAUAGUUCAGAUGAGUUCCAACAGAUUAUUUCCGAUAAAGAUUGAUAAUAUUCAAUCUUGUUUGAUGACGGAAGUGAAGGAUCCCUCAUGGUUGUGGCAUUUUUGUUAUGGUCAUUUGAGUUUUGGAGGAUUGAAGACACUUUAG